CAGACGGAGAGUCUCAGCCAAGUUGCCAGCACGCUGCAAGGGAUCGCUGGGUGUCCGCAGCUUGGCGUGUCCGAAAAGGCAAAAAGGAGAGGGAACAACAAAAAAAGCAGAAUAAGGGGGAAAGGAGGCUGACCCAGCCCUACAGCCCCGCGGGGGAAUAAUGGACGUGACCAUCUCUCAGUUCAUCUUAGAAGAAUUUGAUGUCAACUGCAGCCUCCUGGAUCUACAAGAGACUGUUUUAGAGAGUUUCUCUAUCUCUUUCCUGGGCUUUCAUGGUCUGUACUGUAAUGCCACCACGGAUCAGAUCGGGACCUGCUGGCCCAGAGCCUCGGCGGGGAAACUGGUGGAGAGACCCUGCCCGGAGUUCUUCAAUGGGAUCAAAUACAACACCACAAGAAAUGCUUACAGAGAAUGCCUGGGCAAUGGGACGUGGGCUUCCAAGAUAAACUACUCUCAGUGUGAGCCUAUUCUGGAUGACAAGAGGAAGUAUGCACACCAUUACAAGAUUGCCCUCAUCAUAAACUACCUGGGGCACUGUAUAUCAGUAGGGGCCCUUAUAGUUGCCUUUAUGCUUUUCUUGUGCUUGAGGAGUAUCAGAUGCCUUCGGAAUAUUAUCCACUGGAAUCUGAUCACCACGUUCAUCCUGAGAAACGUGAUGUGGUUUCUGCUGCAAAUGAUAGAUCACAACAUACAUGAAAGCAACGAACCCUGGUGUCGGUGUAUUACCACUGUCUACAAUUAUUUUGUGGUGACCAACUUCUUCUGGAUGUUUGUGGAAGGCUGCUACUUACAUACUGCUAUAGUGAUGACCUACUCCACGGAUAAGCUGCGGAAAUGGGUCUUUCUCUUCAUUGGAUGGUGUAUUCCUUGCCCAAUCAUCAUUGCGUGGGCCAUUGGCAAACUGUAUUAUGAAAACGAGCAAUGCUGGUUUGGAAAAGAACCAGGGAAAUAUAUCGACUACAUAUAUCAAGGGCCAGUGAUUCUUGUUCUUCUGAUCAAUUUUGUAUUUCUGUUUAACAUAGUUAGAAUUUUAAUGACAAAGCUGAGAGCUUCAACCACUUCAGAAACAAUACAGUACAGGAAGGCAGUCAAAGCAACUUUAGUUCUUCUGCCUCUGCUAGGCAUCACAUACAUGCUUUUCUUCGUCAACCCUGGUGAAGAUGACAUUUCCCAAAUUGUCUUCAUCUACUUCAAUUCAUUUCUGCAGUCUUUUCAGGGUUUCUUUGUGUCAGUAUUUUACUGCUUCUUGAACGGUGAGGUCCGUUCUGCUGCCAGGAAAAGAUGGCACCGCUGGCAGGACCAUCACUCGCUCCGAGUGCGUGUGGCACGUGCCAUGUCCAUCCCCACGUCCCCAACACGGAUCAGCUUCCAUAGCAUCAAACAGACCGCAGCUGUGUGAUACACCCUGCACAUGUCUGCACCACCUGGUGGCCUUCAGGGUUCUUUCUUCAGUCUCCCCAAACCCCUUUCUUCAGACUCUCUUCCUUUACUCUGCACUGCGCUUUUUCGGCAACGAGGUGCCCGUCAUAUUUUUGUGGACUCUCAUUUCCCGCGUUCAUGAUGCUGCUUUAAGACAACCAGGCAAAAGCCUCCUGGAGGAAGGGGCGGCAAAGCAGAUUCAAAGAAGAGAUUUAACACUGACUGCACCUUGAGGAAGUCCACGGCACAGUCUAAAACAGCACAGUGGCAGGAACAAUAAAUUCAUUCUCUGUUUUUUUUUUUCUUUGUUUUUCCCUCCCAUAGUGUGGUGAACAAAACUAUUUUUGACACUCUGCCCAUCUCUACCCUGUACAUUGGAUCCCAGUGAUUUCAACAGAUUUCGUGUGUAGAUAGCCCAUCUCAUUGUUGGUUCUUUGUAGAAGUUUCUUCUUUGCGAGAAAAAGAGUAUCUGAGAAAUGCUGUGAAGAAUCCGAAUUUAUCUACCUUCCCUGUUUCUCCCUUUGAUAGACUGGGAGUUGUCCAGGGCAUUGCUGGACUGUUACACAUGGGGUGUUUUGCCUUGCAAGAACCAUGCCCUGUUCAUGCAUAAGAUGUUGAAAAGGACGGCAGUAUCUCUUGAUAGCUCUAUAAAGUAUCUUUAACCCUCUCACCCCUGUGUUUUCCACACAAUGUAAGUAGCCUUUGGGAAGUGUUCGGUUUUAGCUAAGAGGAUUGGGCUGGGGAAGGGCAGCAGGACAUGAUUUCUGGGUUUAAAAAAUAGAAAAGGGAAGCACUGUAAAAAACAAUCAACCAUGAGAAGAGGAUGUUUGCAUUCUGAAGAUAGUGCUCUAUGCUGCACAAAGAUUAUCUACUCAGCAUUUUGAACUAGAGCAGUUGUAUCUACUAGGCUUUUUAUGUGAUGUUCAGAAAUACUGUAUAUUUUCAAUAAUAAACACUACUCUGGGUUGGUUUCAAUAAAA